GUGGUUUGACAAGGCUUUUAACUCGGAAAUUCAUGACAAUUCCAUUUAUUUCAAGGCUUCUUUAAAAAGGGUUUUGUUUAGGAGCAGCCAAACCUCUUCAAGUGAACAAAGACAACUGCAUUCCUGUGGAUUGUAGAAUAGGCGCCUCUACACGGGGGUUUACGCUAAUUCAUCCCAUGAUCCUUUUCUGCCAAACGCUAUGCUUUGUUUCUAUCUUCAUAAAUAAUUAAGGUAACAUACCGCCAUUGUUUAUUUGAGGUAUAACUAAACAUUUAAUUUGAGACAUUAAUUGAGCUGUCGGGUCGAAGGACGCGUUUAAAAAAAAAAAAAAAAAAAAGUGUCCCAUAAACAAUGGACAUAAUGAAUACAACUGAAUUUCAGACACAGUUAACAUCCAUAAUGGAAACGUUGGCGAAAACAGCUGUUGUGGAAUUAAGCAAACUUUUCGAGAAAAAUUCGUCUUUUCUGCGACUAGAGAUAUCGCGAUUUUCAAGCGAAAAUGAAUCUCUGAAAAAGAAAUGUCAUUUUCUGGAAAGUGAACUUCAAUCUGCUCGGAAAACCGCUGGAAAGAUGAACGGGACAAAAGGUCCAUUCAGCCAUUCGGGACUUACAGACACUGGACAUCGCCCAGCAAUUGACAAUGUCUUUGGUAAGGAAUGGUGCAUGAACCUCUGGAGACACGAGGAGUCAAAGGUUGGUGAGCAGGAGGACGACACACACCUCGAGUCUGCGGUCAUCAUAGGAGAGCCAGUAAACUUGCUGGAAGAAGAACCAGACAUGAUCAUGAUCAAGGAGGAGGCAUUUGAAGAUUGCUCCUCAGAAAGAAUUGAGGAGGACCAAGAUAAUCAAAGUGUGAAAGGCGCAAUCCAAGAGGAAAUCAAAAGAAUUCUCCCAGAGUUGGACAGUAACAAAGUUCAAAAUAUGGUCAAUCAUCUUUCAUGUGUGGUGGGUGUGGAGAAGACAGAGGACCUUUCCUUAGUAGAGGUGUCAGAUCUUCAAGACUUUCUGGAGCCUAUACAAUGUCGAAAACUAGUGAAAACGUUCAGACAAAGAGAAUCCAGUGGACAAGUGGAUGGAACACCUAAUGAGAUGACACUCACUCCAUUAUCCUCAAACGAGUCCCUUCUUGAACAGCCCUUCAUUCCUCACUAUCCUAUAAAGUCCAACUGGGUCAGAAGUUUCCAGGUUCCUUGGGACCGCAUGCCAGCAGCUCUCGUUCAGGCAACAUCCACUGGAGAGAGGGCUCGACCUGGGCCAAGAAGGGAGUUUGUUAGGAUUGUUGUGGCAGCCAUGCAAGUCCACUGUCCAAACCCAAACUUGUCCGCCUGUGGAGAAGUGGCACGAAGCAUCGUGACUACAUAUCCCCUGACAUUUGGAGACAUUUCUGAGGAAGGAGAACAACUAGGAAAUGGCUUCAGUUGCCUACAGAGACAACUAAAAACUAGGGUAGAACAUGUGAAUAGAGACAUUUUGGAACACAGGAUUCGUCGACCUAGAAGGCCAUCAGCAAAGAGAGCUGGACAACAGGACAGCUACUCUGCGAGAAAAGUCAGAUGUAAAGUGGACAGUUACGGAUGCAUUAAUUGGCAGCCUUCCUCCAUCCCAGAAGGAGAGACGGCAGAUUCUCUUGAAAUGAAGAGGAAGGUUGCGGCAGAGAUUUUUCAGUCUGCAGGCCCAAGGGCUGCCGAGUUGCCCAACGUAGAUGACUUAAUGCAGCAGACUUAUGUUUACCAGCGCCACAUGAUCAACUCAUGCCCCCCUCCUACCAUCAGUGAGAUAGAAGGGCAUUGGCCGUUCCUGUUCACUGAAAGAGGCCUCUGCAGGCACUUCAAAAUCCUGACUGGGAUUGACAUCAGAAGCCGCUUUAGCGAAACCCUUACUGUUAAAGCCAAGAGAAUACUGAACUACUUCUGUAGUCAGAGACUGAAGUGGAACGAAGACGUCCAGAGUGUCCUAAGUGAGAUCGACGAUGACGCCAAUGCACCAAAUAAUAACAGGACUGCCAUAUCAGCCAUCCUGUUAAUGAUGAAAUACUUUAAGGAAAAGGACAACUCUGUGUUCAUCUUAGCAGAUGAAACUGCUACAAAGACGUCCAUCGAAAAUGAAAUGAGCUUACCGGCAACGCCCCGGCUCAUCAUGCUUGGUGAUACCUUGCUGACUUCGUCCAAAUGGUUUAUCAGCAUUGAGGGCAGAGUAACGCACUCUAUAGACGACCAACUGGACUUUGCAGCAGCAUUGUCUGUGUUCUUUGGGUGCUUCUACGUUUUUAAUAUCGAGUACCAGGAGUCAGCCAGUGCCACUCUAGAGCUCAUUCAGAGGUUCUUCGUAAGGAUCAAUCCGGAGGGGACUAAAUGUACCUCAAAAUCAGGUACAAGCCGAAGGACAGGUUCCGCUGUCCAAAGGAAACCACAAAACUUUAAUACUCGUGUGGCAACAUUUAUGCAGAGGCUUUCAGAAUUUGAGUGGAAAAAGACAAAUUAACAUUGUCUUCAUCCUCGCCCUGCACUGACUACAACUACCACAAUUAGUUAAUUAGUACUACUUGCCUGAACUUCUUUUUUUACCUUAUUACUUGUACCAUUCUGUUUCAAUGUUGCUGGAAUGUUUGUAUUAUAAAUAUUUUAUUACGUUCAUUUAAGUCAUUCAUGCAACAAUAAAAAAAGUAUCAACUGAUGUGUUUUUAU